GAAACCGAGUGGCAGCUGUUUAAGAAAAGCCUACUCGAGGCUGCCGCCGAAUGCUGCGGAUAUAAACGGAGAUCAGAAAAGGUCUUCAUGGUGGACACGAGAGUGCGUGCGAUAUGCGAGGCACGCAAGGCGACUGCGAAAGCAGUGGCGAAAGCCAAAGUUGAUUACUGGGAGAAGUUCGGUGAGGUGUUAGAGUCGAAUUUCCACACAGGAAACAAUGUGUUCAAGCAGACCGUCCGCCGACUCUGCGGUGAAAAAAGCGGCAGUCGAAAAGUUUUGAAGGACAGGAUUGGACACCCUCUUGCCAAGGACGAGGAUACUCCUCAACCCCAAGCAACCGCAGGAAGAUUCGCCUGUGGAGCAACAGGGAACGGAGAGUCACCAGAACGAAAUAUCAGGAUGCGGCCUUGGGGCAAAAUGGCUAAGUUUUAUGGCAUCUACAGUUUUGGACUCAGUCCGUAUGAACAGAGAGCCUUCCGCGGGUAUGGAAAGGAAUUGGCAAAGACGUUCAACCAGCAUAUAAAAGAUUACUGGUUCAUUUACCUGCUGCCGUUGGCGAUUUUGGCGUCUAGAGCCAAGGGACUCGAUAUGGAAAACAAAAGCCUAAGAAAGGACCCAUCAAAAUAUGUGAAUGACAAAUAG